AUGCUCACUUGUAGCACUGAGCCGGACAUCAUCACAUUUCCAGGUGGCAUCCACCCAAGGAAAUCUAUUCGUGUCUGGCAGGUCCCAUACCACAUGACCCCCAGUGCCUCAUCUUCAAGCCACUCCUCCACCACCUUCUACACCAGCCUUCUAGAGGAGCCGUCUUUGCGUUUGAUCCAAUCCAGCUGGCUUGAGGCUCUUGCUGAUCUUGCGUGCUAUCGUAUGGCCAUAGCUGGGAUGGUUAUUAAUAACCAAUUGAAAGGCCCGGCACUGACUACAGAUGAUGUAUCUAAAGUGGCCGCGGAUAUUGAGCCAGAGAAGGAGUGCUUGGGAAAGAGUUCACCCUUCAUCUGUCCAGUUCUCCAUCCUGCUAUUCCGCCUGGCGCUCCGCCUUCAUCUCCGCACUCACCCCUAACUCCUUUUAGAUUAGCUAUUGCUCCGGUUACCGGUUAUGUCCUUUUCCGCUAUGCUUACUGA